CAAUGUCACUCAGUGACCCCUGCCGAAACUCUCGUCGGGUGUCGUUCAACAAUAUCCAGCCAUCUGCUUGCAGCUCGGGCUCCGUCGCAAAUCCCACGGAAUUUCCCCAACACACACCACCAUCAGCAAAUGUAAACUAUGUCUACAACAACGGUAACAACGCCGCGAAAAAAGAUCUAGACUAUGGUUUCGCUUCUGCCCCGAUGAAGAGCCAUGAUCUCGAGCAUAUGUACAGUUUCAGCUUCGGCAAGGAGAAAAAAGAUCCCACCAAGUCACCCAUGGCGGAGUUUUCCAUGGGCCAACCGCAGCAGCGGCGUGAACGUUACAAACUUCCGCCUGCGCCUUCACGGGGAAUUCUCAAGGCGUAUGUUGACGAGCCUCCCAUGCUCGUGUGCCGUCUCAGUCCCGGAGAGUCGCCUAGUCUUGAUCAUGCGCUUGAUCAGGAAACUUCCGACGAGGAAAGCGACGAUGAACCAACAUGCAGCCCCAGCUUCUCUCCGCAGACACGCAAGAAGUCCAUUGCCGAAAUGACGCCGGAGGAGAUCAUGGCACUCGAUUCGGUGUACGACACCCGGAGGAAGGUAGAUAUCGAGGGGAUGAAGUUUGACCACGAGGAUAACUCGUACUUUAUGCUUUCGGCCGCGGCUGGCCCGGCGGUGUCUGAGCAGAAGCAAAAGGAGGCGAUUGCAGCGAAGCUCGAGGGGCUUCACUUUGGAGAUACGGGGUAUCCCACACGGCCAGUGGUGGAUUACGGCGCCAUUACACUUACACAGGAGGUAAGCUUGGGUGAGAAGUCGGUCGCUGCAAGCGAGGGGCUGGGCGAAAUUGCUGCAUCCGAGACCAGUUCUCUUCCUGGUCUGGGCCUCACCGCUGUGGCGACAAGUCCCCUCUUUGUUCCGGUGCGCAAAAUCCUAUGUGUCCUCGACGAACGCAAACUGCAUCUUCGCCGCCCUAUCGACUGGUACUUCCACAACAUGUGCCAAUCCGGUGACCAUUUCAUCGUGGUUGAGUCCGCGGACAGCAUCUGGGGCGAAUCAGACCGUCACAACAGUGCUGACUCCACAAACUUUUUGCAGCCCCCCGAAACUAAGCCCAGACGCCGCUCCAGCGCUGGAAACGAGUUGGACGAUUACAUUUCACGCACCUCCGGCCGCCGCCCGUCUGCAACUCCAAUGCCGCCCGUGGUUCCAGAGGCGAGGAGAGCAUCCACCACUGCGCGACAGGUCAGACUGUUGGAAACCCACGCGGCCGCCUUGCUCCAAAACUUGGUCGGGUAUCCAUCAAAAAACAUUAGUUCUGGCUCCAUCAGAAUCACGGUGGAAAUUGCUGACAUAUCGCUUAAAGACACGAUCAGACGGACAACAGAGAUCUACGAGCCACAUCUUCUUCUCAUCGGCGACAAGUCAAAGAACCUCAACCACCGGUUUAUUUCGACCGUUGGGAAUGGAGACCGUGGUAGCGGCACUAAGUCGAAGCCCAAGCGAAUUGUGGGCUUGGCAAGAUAUGUCAUGCUGAAUUGCCAGUCGUGUCCUGUGAUUGUGGUGGGAAGGGAUGCCUCCUGGGAGGAUGAUUCGCCACAACGGUUCCGAAUCAGCGGAAUGGUCGUGGAAGACGAUGAAAAUGCUAUCGUACUGGACGAUGAACUGAUCAGGUCGGACCAAUCUGAAGAAAUCCCCGAGUCUGGCCUUGUCUGGAGUGACCCCACCAGUGACUACUUCACCCGAAUGGUCACCAAUCCAUCAGACAUUUCGUAUAAGCAGUCUAUGGCAUACUUAGCCCCAAAAGAACUGGAGCCAAAAGCAUACACGCCUACGACCUCCAUCCAGUUCGCAAGCGAUGUCAAGCAGCACGAUGCUACACCGCCUGACCUCGCGCGCUAUACGUCGCGCGCGUCAGUGCACGCACCGCAAGACAAGAUGCAGCGCGUCAAGUCGUUGCUAGCCGGUGACGACGAUACCCCGCUCUCGAAGCAAGUCUCUGCGUCAUCGUCAUUUCUGCGAGCUGAGCGGAGCAAGACGAACACGUCAAGCGGAAACCUGUUGCCGAUUUAUUCAGGGGUUUCGCUUGGUCUGGGAAAAGGCGAAGCGACGCUUCAGUUGCCAAACUACGGCGCGUCUUUGGUCGCGGCAAAGUCUCAGCCCGACCCUCUGCGGCGAAAGAGCACCAACAGCUUGCACCUAUCCAAGACAGCGUCAGUUGACGGCGAAAAGAGCGGAGGACUCUUCAAGAUGUUUGGGUUUGGGAAAAAGACCAAGAAGUAGUAUUUUUUGUACAGUAGUCACAGUAAAUGUUACAACCGGA